AUGGCCGAUUUUCCGCCCCGGCAACAUAGCCAAUACCAAAAUACCGUGAGAUUACCCGAACAUUUGUUACCGCAAGCGGACGGAUUCCAGCGGUCAUUCGAAGGCAGUCCCGACCGUUCUGCUCAGCAGCCUAAUGCUCCCCCAGGCCGCCAUCCUUUCCACCAACGGGCGUACGCAGAUCCGCAGAAACAGCAGCCCCAAUAUGGUGCUCCGCCUCCUCCUCAGCCUUCUCACCAGGGCCAGCAUUUCGCCAACUCCGGUGCCCCAUACAAUCAACCAGUAGAGCAAAACCAACGCCCUCAAUUCACCGGUCAACCUCAGCCGUAUUCUGGCGCACGGCACCAGGAAUCCCAGUUCCACGACGCUCGUGCUCAGCCAUAUCCCAUCCAAGAAUCACCCCAGGUUAACCAGAGACCAUUGCCAUAUCCGGUGGGAUCUGACAUCGACGAGUUGCUGGAACUCACGUCGCCGCCUUCCGCUCCUUCUUCUGUUCCUAAUUUUCUCCCACAGUCCAGAAGAUCGCACCGUAAAGCGCCCAUGGGCAUGCCUCCGAUCCAAACAUCUAAUAUUUCCACGAUAGGAGGUGGCCCAGCGAGCGCUGAUGGUGGAAGGCGUAUUGUGUCAACGCCCCUGUAUGGCUACGGUCAGCACUCCCCUCAGACCGCACAGCAUAUAUCUGCAAAUGACCGGACUCGCUCUCUCACCUCAGAGUCUUCGAGACACCAACGGAUGCAAAAAAACAUGCCUACGGGACCCCAGCAGUGGCAGUCGCAGGGUCAACUUGCCAUGCAGCAGAAACAGGGCUAUAACCAUAUGUCUCAGUCGCACAAACCGUCCUCCAGCAGCUCGGGAUCCUCAAGCUCGGGCCACAGUUUCUCGCUAACUUCCAAGUCGAGGUCGUUCACUUCACUUUCAAAGUUGUCGUCGUUGUCUGGCAAAAAAUAUAACUCUUCAGCAUCACUAAACGGCAACAAGACCCUCGACAGAAAUGCCUCUUCCACCACAUUGAAUUCUCAAAGAACAGUUUCGAUGCCUGGUCCUCCCAAGCAGGUUGUAUAUCCAGCGUUCCUUUCUCGAGUCGCCAAAGUUUUCAAGGACUCUAUAAUUUUGACCAUCAAUACCAAGGAUGGUUUGGAGUACCAUGAUUCGUUUACCGGAAAAAUGGCGGUGGAUAUUCUUUGCAAGAUCAUUCGUACCAAUGACCGUAACUUGGCACUUCUCUUGGGUAGAUCUCUCGAUGCACAAAAGUUCUUCCGUGACGUUACCUACAACCAUCGGUUGCGUGAUUCCGUUCAUGAAGUGUAUGCCUUCAAUCACAUCUACACUGGAGUUGACUACAACAGCAACAAUAACAGCAAGCAUGGUUCCUUUGCCGAGAAAAACCAUUUGCAACCACUGACUUCCCAUCAGCAACUUAUCCAACAAAAUGUCUUACAGCAGCAACUUCCUUCUCACACGUCUAACGGAGUGGUUCCUUUACCUUCAACCCCCCCUGCUAUGAUCCCUGCAGAUGCUAAUUCAGCGAGCUACAUGAAUGAGAGCACAACUGCGGCAACAGGAGUGAACGGUGUGUUUACGAUUUUGACCGAUUGUUACUCGCCAACGUGUACCCGAAACAAAUUAUGUUACAGUAUCGCAUGUCCACGUCGUUUGGAACAACAGGCAAGACUUCAUAUGAAACCACAGGGCGGACUUGCUCGUGCUGUUUCAAGACUCUCAUUACACGAUCAUGAGGAGCAAAAGACGUUGUGGCACGAAACCGUUCCUCAAUCUGUGUUGGAUGGACUUGACAAACAUGAGAAGAUGCGCCAAGAACUCAUCUACGAAUUUAUCUACACAGAGAGAGACUACGUUAAAGACUUGGAAUUCAUGACUGACUUUUAUAUCAUGCCUUUGCGGAAUCCAACUAAUAAUAUUAUUCCUGAAAGGGAACGAGACGCAUUCAUCAUGACUGUUUUCGGAAUGAUUGGAGAAUUGUUAAAGCUUGCCAAGAGUAUAAGUGAAGCACUCACUCGGAGACAACAACAACAGAAACCGGUCAUUGAAACAUUUGCAGACGUUUUCAUCGAGUACAUUCCUCAUUUUGAUCCUUUCAUCAAAUAUUCCGGUAACAAGGUGUUUGCAAGCUUUGAGCAUGAGAGACAACAACAGGUAAAUCUCAAGUAUGCCAGAUUUUUGGAAGCCAUUGAAAAGAAACCUGAAUCUAGGAAGCAAGAUUUGUCAUCGUUUUUGAUGAAGGGAGUACAAAGACCGGCUCGGUACCAAUUGCUUUUGAAGGGGAUUCUUGAUAAUACCAAGGAGACUUCACCUGAUUAUAAAUAUCUUCAAAAAGCAAAAGAAGAGGUUGAAAAGGUGUUGGUUAAGAUGAACGUUCAAACUGGUGAGAGCACAGAUAGACACAAAAUCAUGGUCUUACACAGGUUACUCGGAAAGCAAACUUUGGAAGAAAGAUUUAACUUUAAGCUUUCCUACAGUAGAAGAAUCAUCUAUCAGGUCACUUUGAGCAGAAAAAGAGACAACGAGAAAAUUGACCUUUAUUUGUUUGAAAACGCAUUGUUGCUUGUGAAGCAUAAGAUUCAAAAUAAAAGGGAACAGCAUAAGGUGUAUGAAAAACCCAUAUAUCUUCCCUUGUUGUUUGUCAAUAGUGGAUACGAGGCUCCAACACCAAGAACGAUAUUGCCUCAUCGCUUAGACGGUUCGAUCGUGUCAGACACUGGCUUAAAAGCUGCCAAAGUUGAGAACAAUUUCAUCAACUCAAGUUCUAAUUCUAAUAUCAAAUUUCAAAUCAAUUUCCUCGGAUUGGGCAAAAACCAGGUUCAUGCUAGUUUGUUUGCCGAUGAUAUCACCAAUCAGACUCAAGUUCUUCUGCAGAUUCAGCAACAACAGCGCAAGUUGAUUGAACAGCACGACAUCUUUUCACUUACAAAAUUCGAGACAAGACGGUUCCAUGGAAAUAACAGAAUCAACUGUGCUGUACCAUGCUACGGUGGUAAGAAGAUGUUGUACGGUACCGAUUCUGGGAUCUGGGUGGCUACUGUGAGAUCUAUCAAUGCUACUUCCAAUGAAAAAAUCUGUUCUGAACCAACUAUGGUGAUCAAAAAACUCUAUGUUACACAGAUUGAGGUUUUAGUUGAGUUUUCCCGUUUAUUGGUGGUUUCAGACAAGGUGUUGUACGAGUUUGACUUGGCAUGUACUGAUUCCUUGGAUUGCGAAAAGAACACUAAAUCCGGUAAGUGGAUAUUGGACCAUGUUUCCUUCUUCAAAACGGGUAUCUGUAAUGGAAAGUUAUUGGUUGCCUCUGCCAAGACAGGAAAUACCAAUGGUAUCAGUAUCUUUGAACCAAGCAAUCCAUUCAAUGCCCGCAACAGGAACAGAAACAGAAAUUACGACAUUCGUGAUAUUUCAUUUACUUCGGAACCAGUUUCAAUCUCGUUUUUGAAAACGAAACUCUGCGUUGGUUGCACCAAAGGAUUUGAGGUUAUCUCAUUGGAAGAAGGAAAGAAGGAACCAAUUUUGGACGAGGCCGAUCCGUCGCUUGACUUUGCUACCCAAAGGGAAAUGGUAACGCCGUUGGCAAUUCAUCGGUUGAACAAGGAAUUUUUAUUGAGUUAUUCCGAGUUUUGUUUCAAGGUGCUUCAAAAUGGAUGGAGAACCAACCAUGAAUGGGGUAUUUUCUGGGAAGGAAACCCCCAGCACAUUGUCAUGUUCUAUCCUUACUUGUUGGCGUUUGAGCCCGGAUUUAUCGAGGUGAGGGACCUUGAAACCACACACUUGAUCCGAGCACUUGUUGGGGAAAAUAUUCGGUUUCUUCAUUCGAACGAACAUGAAGCGCUUUAUGCUUGCGAGGAAAAUGGGUAUGAUAUCAUUGUAAGUAUCGAUUUCUUGAACUUGAAGCCUAGAAAGAAAGUGGAAAAGGCCAAGUGA